AUGCCACGCGUGCUCCUCUCAGCGCCUUCGUUCCACAGUCGUCUUGUACAGAUCACCUUCUUGGCCGUCGUACUUAUUGUACUGUGGUGUUUUAUUCUACCGCAGUCGCACAGCUUCCGCCAACGUCUCGUCCCCUAUUGGAGUGGCCCCGCUGCCGUUGCGAUACCUUCAAGCUCAACUCCGAACACGAGACUUCCUCAGAUCAAACACCAGAAUAAGGAUCAUCCGAUUGAUCAAUUGAUUGUUCGCGCGAAUGAAGGAUUCAGGUUAUUGAUUGGGAAGAAGACGGAGAAUGUGCACGAUGCUGCAAGAGCUUAUCGCGCACGGAGAGGUCGCGAACCCCCGCCGCAUUUCGAUGAAUGGUUCGAAUAUGCUUCCAAGAAUAAGAGUGCGAUCAUAGUGGAGGAAUUCUUUGAUAGGAUAUACGACGACCUGAAUCCAUUCUGGGGCGUUCCUCCGAAGCAGAUCAGAGAACAGGCGAACGAUUUCUUGCAUAGGAUAUCUAUUCGGGAUGGAAACGUCACGAAGAGAACGGAUGUACCGCUUGAGGAUCGGCCGUGGAUGCUGCUGUGGUCGGAUAUGGUCCAGAGCGUUGCGGAGUUCUUGCCGGAUGUCGAUUUGGCGAUCAACGUGAUGGACGAGAGUCGAUUGGUGGUGCCUUGGGAAGAGAUCAAUGGCUACAUGGCCAAGGCGAAGCGGGCCAGAAAAUCCGUCCCAGCGGCAGAGCUGAGGAAUGACUUCAGCAGUCUUAAGGAGUCGUUAAAGCAGCUGGACAAGUUUCCGCUGCAGGAGCAUUUCGAUCCUAUGUUUCAGGCAGAAGGUCCAUUCUGGCCUCUAGCGGUGGCCGGUUGUCCACCCGAUAGUCCAGCUCGCAGCGCCUAUAUCGAAUCCGACUUCUCACAUCCGCCUCCUCUAAAAGGCGAUUUACCUAACAAUACCUACUACGGCUAUGUUCAGAAUUGGACCUACACGCAGUCUCCUUGUGAUCAUUCAGCCCUGCAAGGUCUCCAUGGUAGCUUCGUGGAGCCGAUAUCGAUCUCCACGUCGAAGAAGUUCUUCCCAUUGUUCGGUGGCUCGAAACUGCCUAUGAACAACGAGAUCCUACUACCGCCUGCGAUGUACUGGACCGAUGAUCCAUUCUACUCGGGAGGCGAAGAGCACGGCCAGCCUUGGGAAGAGAAGCACGAUCAGCUGAUCUGGCGCGGAGCUGCAAGUGGUGGGCGGAACCGAGAAAACAACUGGACUCGCUUCCAGCGACAUCGUUUUGUCUCCAUGGUCAACGCCACCAGCAUCAAGCAGAUGGAGCUUCACUUGCCUGCGCGACCCCCAACCUUCGUUUUACCUGCGAACGACGCUUACGACCUCACGGUACAGAAGUCCGGCGCAGGCGAGACUCCUUUCAGCGAAUGGGUAGCGACUUGGGCAGAUGCAGCAUUCGUUCACCUCCUUUGCUUCCCCGACGAGAGCCCGCCUCACUGUCGCCACACAGAUCCUUACUUCUCUGUUGAGAAGGGCAUGCCGAUGUCUGAGCAGUAUCUCAACAAGUAUCUCCCUGAUAUCGACGGGAACUCCUUCUCCGGGAGAUAUCGCGGUUUUCUAGGCAGUACCUCAAUGCCCAUUAAGGCCACAAUCUACCAAGAGUGGCACGACAGCAGACUUGUUCCGUGGAAACAUUUCGUGCCUAUGGAUAACACAUUCAUUGAUAUCUAUGGUAUCAUGCAAUACUUUGUUGGGAACAGCAUUGAGGGACUAGACGGUCACGACGAGGAGGCAAAGAGUAUUGCGCUGGAGGGGAAAGCUUGGGCUGAGAAGGUUUUGAGGAAGGAGGACAUGUCGAUAUAUGUGUAUCGGCUGAUCUUGGAGUAUGCGAGGUUGUGCGAUGAUGAGAGGGAUCGAUUGAGUUGGGUGGAGAAGUUCGAGGGAGGGUUGGAAGGGGCGGAGAGGCCGCUGGAGUAG